GGCGGACAGGUAAAGGUGAGCGUCUCUUUCGCGCCUGCUACUCGGGGAAGCAUACCGACGUUUUGUUGACUCCUUCGUCUCUCCAUUUUCAGCCGACUGUGCAACAAAAAAAAAUGGUGAAGGAAGAGCAGGGGUUCGACAACCGGCCUGACAACACUGCCUUCACUCAGCAGAGGCUUCCGGCAUGGCAGCCCAUGCUCUCAGCUGGCAUUGUCAUCCCAGGAUUUGUCCUCAUCGGCCUGGCAUUCAUUGGCAUUGGCGUCGGUCUCUUUGUCACCUCACAGAGCAUCCAGGUGUUGGAGUUUGACUACACUGGGGUUGAGACAGACUCGCCAUGCUUCAAGUGCUCCGAUCCAGAUGUCAAGCCUUGUACUUGCCAGCUGGACUUCACCACUAAAGAGCUAUUUAAGGGAACUGUGUACUUUUAUUAUGGUUUGUCCAACUACUUCCAGAACUACAGAAGGUACGGUGUGUCCAAAGAUGAUGAGCAGCUGUCUGGAGAUCUGGAUAACUUUAAGAGUCCCAGUGACACCUGCUCACCCUAUGAGUACGAGGAUGAAGACAGCAAAACAAAACCAAUUGUACCAUGUGGAUCAAUAGCAAACAGCAAGUUCAAUGAUACCUUCAAGUUGUUUCAGAAGGUCAAUGGGUCAAAUAAGCAGGUGCCCUUCAAUGGCAAAGGGAUUGCUUGGUGGACAGACUACAACGUCAAAUACAGAAACCCCAGCAUCUCACCUCUGAAGCACGCAUUCAACGGUACUGUGAAGCCUUUAUUUUGGCCCAGACCUGCUUACGAGUUGGACACCUCAGACGCUGCUAACAACGGCUUCAUCAAUCAAGAUUUCCUGGUGUGGAUGAGGAGGGCGGCCCUGCCAGGUUUCAGAAAGCUCUAUCGACGAAUCGAUGAGGGUGAUUAUAAACAGGGUCUGCCAGCUGGAGACUACAUCCUUGAAAUUGCCUACAACUAUCCUGUUCUGAGCUUUGAGGGGCGAAAGAAGGUGGUGUUCAGCAACGUGUCCUGGAUGGGUGGCAAGAAUGACUUCCUGGGCAUUGCCUACCUUGUGAUUGGUUCAAUGUGCGUCUUCAUGUCCGUAGUCAUGCUCAUUGUCUAUGCUAAAUUCAAGUUUCCUGAGGAAGACUGAGUGCCGGGUCAUGGACUUUUGUUUUCUGGUGGAUCAUAUACCCUAUCGACACAACUUUUUUUUUUUUCUUUUUUUUUUUUCCCCUUUUUGCUCAAUGGCAUGAUGAGAGCAUAGUAAGGUGCUCCCACAAAGAGGAAUAUAGAGCUAGACUCCAUAUGAACACAUGUUAUUGUGGACAUGAAGAUGUAUCCUCAGGAGCAGAAAUGGCCUGGUGUUAUUUUGCAAGACAAGUUUCGACACUGGAGUUUCCCCCUUGUGUGCAAAAUAAGAUGAUUUACAAUAUCAGUCCAUGUAAUUGUAAGAACAUCUAGGAAGUCAGGCUCUUCUCAGUGCAAAAACAUAGCAAAGUCAGCAUUGAUUGCUAACGGAACAACUGUACGAAGAGUCUUUUCAUUUUGUGUUUUUUAUCAUCACAAAAUAAGCUCAGUAAUAACAUUAAAGCCAUACUUGAUAAGCCAUAUGAUACUGGGCAAUGAUGUAUACUUGAUUGUGAGUUUUAUUAGCUUGUAAAUAAUGCUGUAAAAUGUGGGAAUAUUAACUCAGGGAUCUGGUGGUGAGGCUAUGUAAGCUCAUGUUUUACUUGUACUGUGGUUUCAGAAAUUUUACUUCAUGUUAUUUAUUUAAUAAAACAACAUUAAAACCA